AUGUCAAAAGGAAGGAAGAAGCUGAAGAGAAUCUCGGACUAUGGUUACCAUGUUCCAUUAUUGAAGAGUUUAGAGGUACAUAUAAUGCCUUAGUGUGGUCUACAAUGGACUAAUCAUUUUUGUUAUGUGAUUGUUAUUGAAAAAAAUGAGUCAGCCACUGGCAUUAAUGCCCUUGUCAUGGAUUAUAAACUCCAGUUUGGCUUUAUAUACAGAAACAUUGUCUCCAGGGUUGAUUGUUAGAGUCUUAGACACUUAAACCUCACUCUUUUUCUCUUGUCUGUCAUUUCUUUUCCUUAUUUGGUGUCUGAAUAGCGUUAUCAGGCCUUCUUUGAUUGAACAAAUUGGUAUUUAAAGUCACUUCUUUUUAUUUCAGGCACUUUUGCAGAACCCUGAUGUUCUUCACGAGGUUGAUAACCCACAUCACUCAAAUGAUGAUGUCUUGCGUGAUGUUUUGGAUGGUGAAUUUGUACAGAACCAUCCAAUUUUUGCUGUCCAGAAAGAUGCCCUUAUCAUUUUAGGAUACUUUGAUGACCUAGAGAUUGCCAAUCCUCUUGGCUCAAAGGCUAAAGUACACAAAAUUGGUAAGUAAGUAGUUCAUGGUGAGUCUUCAGUGUUCUUUUUUUGGUGUGUAGGUAUAGACAUGAUGGUAGGGGUUAGUGCGUGACCCUACUAGUUUGUUGAGGAAGGUCUUACAGAACUGUAGUUAACUGCCAUCACAUUUCAUUAACAUGUAAAUGUUUGUAUUUGCAGGAGUGUUUUAUUAUGUACUUGCAAACAUCCAUCCCAUGUACCGUUCCACUCUCAGAAAUAUCCAGCUUAUUGGUAUUGCAAAGACACAGGACUUGAAGAGGCAUGGCAUUGACAAAAUGUUGUUACCAUUCACGCAAGAACUCAAUGAACUUGCCAAGGUGUGAACAGAAUCUUAUAUAAAUUGUAGUCACAUUCCUGUACUGCUAGUAAAAUUUAAACCAAGUAAUAAAAAACUCCAGUCAGUUUUAGUGCAAAAUAAAACUUACGGUGCAUUUAGUAAAUAUUUCCCUUUCGGCAGCUGGUAUAUCUGACGAUAAUGUCUGCGGCUGAUAGAUUGUCCUAGAAAUGAACAGUUCAUUUCAAGGGCAACUCGUGAUACACAGUUGAAAGUUGAAAAUGUUGAAAACAAAAGUGAUCUGAUGACGAUUCCGAAUGACAUUGAGUUAAUUUUAUUGAAAUUGUGAUUGGAUUCUUGAAAAGACUGGCUUUGUGAUCCAAAAUAGCCAAUAAAAUCACACAAAAAUUAAUUGGUGGGUUAUAAAAUAUCAUACAUCUAAACUUAUUGCUUGCAUGUUGACUUUCUUCCCACGUAAAAAGGAACAAGGACAUUGCUUUAAGAUUCAUGGACAAGAGAGGUACCUACGAGGAGGCCUUCUACUAUGGACUGGUGAUACACUGGGUAGCAAUUGUGUCAGCUGUUUCAAAGAAGGUGUUGGUGGAGCCCUUAGAAUAUGCAGACACUGCAUGGGAACAAAGGAAGAAACUGGAAGAAAGGUAAUUUCUUUUUGUCUCCUUAUAAUAAUGAAACCAAACAAAAGAAAUUUCAAAUCAAACUUGGUUCAAAUAAUUUUAACCUGAACUUGACAUUUUAAUUGCAACUGAUCAUGAAUGCUGUACAUACUGUAUGUAAAUUCUAAGCUCUCAGAGAACUGAUGACUUGUUUUAUGUUAUUUCAGGAUUGCACUGUUGCCUCAUGAUAUGGUGUUUUUUUUCCAGUUUCGAGCAGAAGAAUUUCAAGCAAGAAACCUGACCGAUCACUUGCGAAUCUGUGGCAUGAUUGAGGAUCCAGACAAUGCACCUCAUGUUCGUGAUGCCCUUUCAACUACAUAUGGAGUUAAUGGGCUCAGUGUGAUGAACAGGGUUGCCAACUUCGAUGUGUGCCAGUGUUUUCCUGAAGACAUCAUGCACAUUCUCUUUGAGGGAGUUGUGCCUUAUGAGACCAAGCGUUUUUUGAAGGUGCUGAUUGAUGAGAAACGAAGCUUGACCCUUAAAGAGCUAAACCACCGAAUGGAAAGCUUCAAUUAUGGCUAUAUGCACAACAAGGACAAACCAACACCUAUUGCCAGGGAGACACUGAAUGCUUUGGAGGAUGCUAAAUUAAAACAGAGUGGUUAGUUUCUUUCAAUUAUUUAAUAAUCAUACUUAACAUGUUUUUCAUUACACAAGAGAAGCAGUGCUCAAUACCGAGUAGAUAGAUAGAUAGAUAGAUAGCAUUUUUCCGCAACAAAACUAGCGAGAGACAGAGUUGUAAAGGAACAACAAAGCGACACCAGACCACCCUUUGGAAGACCUCUAUGAAACUGGUAUCUCUACAAUAUUUACUUCAGUAAGAAUAGUACAAUCAGCUGUAUACAAAGUCACUAUUUCUAUGUCACACAGUUGAGGUGGAGAUAGCAUCAAAUUUACAAAUCUGUUAAAUAAUCUUCCGUUAUGACAUUAAUGCAAUGACUCCAGUCUUUGUUCCUCAUAAGCGAAGUCAGUUUAAAGGACCACCUGCUUAAUUGAUUUGGCAUAGUUAUUCUUUUUAUACUUCUAAAAAUUAUUAACUAGAAAAGGGGCUUGCAGGGCAAUAGUAAUCAUAAAUUUUCAGUAUUUUUUUUUCUUUUGAAUGUUACAGCAUCCCAGAUGUGGUGUCUUUUUCGCUUUCUCCCUGUAUUAAUUGGGGACAAAGUUGACGUGGAGAUGGAGGAGUGGCGUUGCCUUCGGACUUUGUGGAAUAUUGUCCAACUCUGUACUGCUCCGGCCAUCAGAAAAGAUGACGUUCCAUACUUGCGGGUUCUCAUAGAGGAACACCAUACCCUCUUCAAAAGACUCUACCCUGAAGCCUCAAUCAUACCCAAAAUGCACUAUGUUAUCCACAUUCCAGAUGACAUAGCCAGGUGAUUAUGAAUUCAUUAUUAGCUUCCUAUUUGUCUCCUGCAGUGUAGUAAGCAUUAAUUUCACCUUAUAAUUAUAGUGUCAAUUAAAUCUUACUUGUUUUCCUUGUUCUUAAGAACACUUAAUGUGUUCCUUGAUUCCUAUUUGCUCAUACAGCGCUCAACAAUAUUUGUAUUCACUCAAUCAACAUAUUUACUAUUCCCUCACUAAACUUUACACUUUUCAACAUAGGUUUGGACCAGCACGGAACAUUUGGACCAUGUGAUUUGAGGCCAAGCACACUUUUUUCAAGGGAGUGAUUUCUAAGAAUUUUAAAAACGUUCCAAGAACUCUGUCAUUUCGUCACCAAAGGUAAAUGUAUUAGUUUUUUCUGAAAUACACUAGAGUGUUACUGGUCAUAUACCAUGGCAGAAUUUUCAUCGAACUAUGGCACCAAGAACUUAAAUACAUUUUCAGGACCUCAAGGACUUGACAAACACUAUUUUUAUAUUUAUACAUUUUUUGGAAGGGAGGAGAGGCUUCUGAAAUGAAACUGGAUGUUUUCUUUAUCCCUGAGGAAAAAUGGGGACUACUCGUAGUCUAGACAAAAGUGACAGCUUGAAAUUUGAAUUAUUAGGGGAUUGUUAACGUAUUCUUGUGUUUUGAUUGUUUUAUUCAGGAACAUGUGCUGGAACCUUUUGACAUCAACUGGACAUACAACCUCCAAAUAUCUGUAUGCAGGAGAUGUUGUUGGUCCAGGUAAGUGGAUCCCAUUACCACAGGUUUUCAGAAUUAGAUGAUUCAAUUCUAAUUUUGUAAUAUAUCAAAUUGUAAACAGAAGGUUAAAUGUUUGCUGUUUACUAUUUAUAGGUGACUAUGGCAUUGAUCUAAAACAGCAUCCCCAGGCUCAGCUAAUAAGUGAUGCUGCAGGGUUGGGUGAUGUCCCUGAGAGAUUUGUGGGAAGCAGGUAAGUUUGUGUUUCACCUGCAAAUCCUCUUUCUGUCUAUGUUCCAAAUGCUCUUGAUUUACCUUGAUUUAUACUUUGACUGAUAUUGUGACAGAUGUUAAUUGCAGUCUUUUAAUGUUCAGGGUAAAGCGUGUUGGGAUUCAUGGUAUUGAGUACAGACCUGGAUGUGUCUUGAGGCUACGCGAAAUGGAUGAUGUGGAGAAUGACUAUCCUGUAUAUGGACAAGUAGAUGAGAUCAUCGUUUGGGAAGAUGAGAAAUUUUUUAUUUUGACAGAACUUGCAACUCUUUCUUUUCACCAUCACUUCAUGGCAUAUGAAGUUGGGAGGACUGACCAUAAAGCAGUUGUUUUGCGCCAUGACUUACAAUGGUAUGGAGUAUUACAUAUUGUUCAAAAGAAUGGCAAGAAAUUUAUUGUGGAGAAGGACACAUGUUGUAUUGAAGACGUACUUUAG